AUUUGUAAACUUUACAAACAACAAAUUUAUCUUUUCACAAAACUUGUGUUGCAUAUUAAACUUAAACAGUACGUAACGAAAAAACCAAACUCAAAAUGCCGAGUAUUAAACUGCAGUCUUCGGAUGAGGAAAUUUUCGACACCGACAUCCAAAUCGCGAAGUGCUCAGGCACUAUCAAGACAAUGCUGGAGGACUGCGGAAUGGAAGAUGAUGAAAAUGCCAUUGUUCCACUGCCAAAUGUGAAUUCCACAAUUUUGCGCAAGGUACUGACGUGGGCCCACUACCAUAAGGACGAUCCCCAGCCGACUGAAGAUGACGAGAGCAAGGAGAAGCGCACCGACGACAUAAUCUCGUGGGACGCCGACUUCCUUAAGGUCGACCAGGGCACACUUUUCGAGUUGAUAUUGGCCGCAAACUACCUGGAUAUCAAGGGCUUGCUCGAACUGACCUGCAAGACCGUCGCAAACAUGAUCAAGGGCAAAACUCCAGAGGAGAUCCGUAAGACUUUCAACAUCAAAAAGGAUUUCACUCCCGCCGAGGAAGAGCAGGUGCGCAAGGAGAACGAGUGGUGCGAGGAGAAGUGAGAAGAG